AUGACAUUUAACCGAGACGUCUGCUUUGUUGAAUGUUAGCUCAAUUUUUACAUUUAAAUUUAAAUUUUUAAUAAUCACUUUUAUUGAGUAAGAAAUUGUACAUUAACUUACGUGUAUUGUCAGCCUACGAUAUUAAUUUAAAUAAGCCAAUUAGAUCACUUCUCAAAAUAAAAUAAGGUAAUUUAUAGAAAUUACCAACCAUCAUGACUUUUAUUCCUAACUGGGAAGAGUUUGAAAAGUCUGCUGAAAUGCUUUACUUGCGUGAUCCUAUAAAUACCCGGUAUUCUUUAAAAUAUUCGCAUUCAAAAGGAGUAUUUCUGGUAAAAAUCACUGACAAUAAAAAGUGUCUCCAAUACAAAACCGAAGUUCAGCAAGAUGUACGAAAAAUAGACAAAUUUAUAUCAGAUUUAAUAAGGCACAUGGCAUCAAAUGAUAAUUAAAAACUCAUUAAAAUAUUUAUGUCAAA